GACAAGUACACCUUUAUGUGAGUCCAUUAAAUCAGGUUCUUUAAGGCCCCACAAAGUGAUGCUUCUCAACUACAGGAAAAAAAAAAUCCCAACCCUUUCUCUUUGAGCCUGUCAAUUGGCUCAAAGCAGCUGACAGGAAAACACAACGGUUCCUGCUGUGGAACUUGUAACAGCUAUAUAAACAUAAGCACGCUCAUGGACAGGUAAUGCAACCUGGCGCCUUUACAGCGACGUUAUCGUGACUUAGAGGACCAGGAUGAGCGCGUCUGUGGCAGUAUACAGGAACAUUUACACAGAAGACCGAUUCAGACAGACUUACGGUACCGAGACCAAACCGCGCGAGCGCCUCCGAGAGAGACUGUGCGCGCGCUCCCGGUGCUCUCCACUCCAAUGCCUCCACCUGCUUCAGCAGCGGAUACCGAUUUUCACCUGGUUGCCGAAAUACAGACUCAGGAAAUGGAUUUUAGGAGACACAGUUGCAGGGCUGACGGUCGGGAUUCUACACAUUCCCCAAGGAAUGGCUUUUGCAUUGUUGACAUCAGUGGCUCCGAUCUAUGGCCUGUACACAUCGUUCUUCCCUGUAGUUCUCUACAUGCUGUUCGGAACAGGGCGUCAUGUCUCCACAGGUACUUUUGCAGUUGUGAGUCUGAUGACCGGCACGGUGGUGGAGCAGCUGGUGCCGACUCCUCCUGAUUUGAACUGCAGUAGUCCAGAGGUCACAGAGCUGGAAGAUCGGAGAAUUGGUGUGGCUUCAGCCAUAGCAUUCCUGUCAGGAUUGAUGAUGCUUUGUAUGUUUGGCCUGCAAUUGGGUUUCCUCUCCACAUACCUAUCCGAUCCCAUUGUUAAGGCAUUCACCAGUGCUGCCGCAUUUCAUGUGACUGUCUCUCAGCUGCAGAGCAUGCUGGGAUUGAGGCUUCCUCGCCACACAGGGACAUUUUCCCUCUUUAAGACGCUGGCCUCGGUGAUGGAGAACUUGCCCCAUACAAACCUUGCCGAGCUGUUGAUCUCACUGCUCUGCCUAGCUGUGCUCGUUCCCAUUAAGGAAGUGAACACGCGGUAUCGCCAGCGUCUGUGCACCCCCAUUCCUGUGGAAAUUCUCACAGUGAUAAUCGCUACAGGAGUUGUUUAUGCCACUUCUCUGGAUUCCAAGUACGAUGUCCAGAUAGUGGGUCACAUUCCAGCAGGGUUCCCUCGCCCUCGGCUGCCUGCUUUGCACACAGUGCCAGACAUAGCUGGUGACACAAUUGCUAUCACGUUUGUAGGCUAUGCUGUGUCUGUGUCACUAGCAAUGAUAUAUGCUGAUAAGCAUGGCUACUCUAUACACCCUAAUCAGGAGCUGUUAGCACAUGGCAUUUCCAAUACAGUGUCUUCCCUGUUUACCUGCUUUCCCAGUUCAGCUACACUGGCCACCACAAACAUUUUGGAAAGUGCUGGCGGUUACACACAGCUCUCAGGUUUGUUCACGAGUCUGGUGGUCCUGAUUGUGCUGCUUCUCAUUGGCCCUCUAUUCUACUUCUUACCUAAGGCUGUCCUGGCAUGUAUAAAUGUGACCAGCCUGAGGCAAAUGCUCUUGCAGUUUCAGGACCUGCCAGAUCUGUGGAGGGUUAGCAAGAUCGACUUUUUGGUGUGGCUGGUAACCUGGCUGUCAGUGGUUGUGCUGAAUGUGGAUAUGGGUCUGGCCAUCGGAGUAGUUUUCUCAAUGAUGACUGUUAUUUGUCGCACACAGAGAGCUAACUGCACCGUGUUGGGAAGGGCCUCCAAUACAGAGAUCUACCGGCCCAUUAAUAAUCACAAUAAGUGCUAUGAAGUUCCUGGUGUGAAGAUUCUGACCUAUAAUGGACCGAUCUACUACGGAAACCGCAGCUUUUUUAAGGCAGAUGUGAGCCAGCUGCUCGGUCUCACACCUGAACGGAUCCACAGUCACGAGAAGGCCAGGAAGGCCCUGGAAAAGAGGGAAAAAGAGUCCAUUAACACAGUGGACCGGGGACUAGCAAACACCUCAUUUUCCUCUGAGAAUGGGUUCUUUAAAUCAGAAACAACACAGAAUGAAGUCCAGACCAUAUUAAUCGAUUGCAGCAGUGUUAUUUUUGUGGACGUUGCAGGAGCCAAACUCUUCAUACAGAUGUGUAUAGACUGUCAGAAGAUAGGAGUGCAGAUAUUCUUGGCCAACUGUAAUGAGAGCGUAUUGGAGAUUCUUACAGCAAGUGGCCUGAUGAGCUACAUGAACCCGCAGCACAUCUUCGUCACAGUCCACGAUGCUGUGGUCUACAUCCAGCAGCAAAGGGAGAAGCCCGGGUCAGAAAACACAAUGAUUUGGGUGUAAAUAUCCAAGAGCACCAUAAAAAGAAAACAAAAGAAACAGCUACUUUAGAUCUUCUCAGAUGUUCUAAACAUUGCGCAUAGAGACUUUCACAGCUGCUACUAAAAAUCUCUCUGCAGUGGAUUUCUUUACCUUCCCAGAUUUGUUGGAGAGUCACACAUGAUAGUUUAUUCAGAGUAGGCCAUGUGUAACUUUGAUCACCGCUGUAGCUAAUGAAGCUUGCACUAUUGCUGUGAGUCUUUUGAAGCACACAUAGUUUCUGUAUAUACUGUUUUAAAGGAUGAUGUGCACAAAAUUAUUCUCUCUCUCUCUCCCCCCCUCUCUCUCUCGAUCAGUCUGUGCCCUUGUCCUCCUCCAAAAACAUCCAUAUUUAGGGGUUUAUGAGAAGAAUGAGAUCAGUCACUCCACCUCCUUUAAUUAUGUUUAUUUUAGUACAUUUGUAUGCUGCAAAACGUGUGACCAUUCCCUAGAAAUAUUUAUUUAUUUGCAUUUUCUAGUACGAUUUUUAAUUGAUUAUAGAUGUUAUAUUCUCUCCUAAACAAAGAUGCACUGAAUGGAUGGCCAAAAUCUAUUAUAAUAAAUUUUAAAAAUGGCCUUCAGUGUGAAUAAUCGUUUUCUUGUAACUUUGUGGACACAAUAUUUAUAAACCGGGAUCUGGAUUGUACAAUGCAAAUAAAAUCCCAGUCACAAAACACAGAAGGAGAAAUGUCGAGACGAAAAGGAAUUGAUCUUAGAUUACAUAAUGUCCUGUUUAGGUCAUUUUAAAAUAUGAAAAAUCAGUGUAGUUUUAGCACAUGGGCCUUGUACCUGUGGUUGUGCGAUAUCCACCUUGUGUGCUCAGGGUUCACAAAACACAUGCUGCCCUUCACACUGAACUGAUACACUGCCCUCUGCUGUCUCAUUACCAUCAUCACUGACCUGCUCUUCACUGGUUCAUCACUAACCAGCACCCAACCUGAUUAAAAUCAAUACAGAGCCAGCAAAGUCAAUGAUUUUGAUGUUGGAUGCUCAUACUUAUUCUCAUUUUAAAGAACUCCCCAUACAACAAACUAUCAAGGUUUAACUUUAAAAAGUUAACAGACUAUUUUAGGGGGCACAGUGGCUUAGUGGUUAGCACGUUUGCCUCACACCUCCAGGGUUGGGGGUUCGAUUCCCGCCUCCGCCUUGUGUGUGUGGAGUUUGCAUGUUCUCCCCGUGCCUCGGGGGUUUCCUCCGGGUACUCCGGUUUCCUCCCCCGGUCCAAAGACAUGCAUGGUAGGUUGAUUGGCAUCUCUGGAGAAUUGUCUGUAGUGUGUGAUUGCGUGAGUGAAUGAGAGUGUGUGUGUGCCCUGCGAUGGGUUGGCACUCCGUCCAGGGUGUAUCCUGUCUUGAUGCCCGAUGACGCCUGAGAUAGGCACAGGCUCCCAGUGACCCGAGGUAGUUCGGAUAAGCAGGUGAGAGUGAAUGAGUGAGUAUUUUAGUAAAUGGCAGGAUGGUCUGAACAUCAUAUCAAUUGCUGUAUAGGUCUUGUCAGUUUCUGACUGUAACCAUGGCAACAUGAUCACAGUUGAUUAUAACAUGAAACCACAUGAAGAACAUUAAAGUUGACAAUGAAAAACUA